UUGAAAGAAAAUGGAUAUUCAGUGUGGAUAGAUAUCAAUGAUAUGGAAGGCUCAACACUACAAGCAAUGGCAGAUGCUGUAGAGAAAUCCUCUGUUGUUUUGAUGUGUAUGUCCGAAAAAUAUAAAGAGAGUUCAAAUUGUAGAACUGAAGCUGAGUAUGCCUAUACUUUAAAGAAACCAAUCAUACCAUUAAUGAUGCAACGUGGGUACAAACCUGAUGGUUAUUUAGGAAUGAUUCUUAGUGCCAAAUUAUUUGUUGAUUUUAGUGGAAAAUAUUCCUAUGAC